UCUCAUUUCACCUGCUGGUCUCUAUUGUUUGCCAUUACCAUUAGAUUAUUAGAUUACUGUUAAAAUCUAUCCAUUUUCUUCAUUCCAUCAAUAUCUGAAUUCUUAAUCUUCAAUUCCUUUUGAACUGUGACAAACAAAAUGGGAAGAAUCUUUGUUGUGGAGCUGGAGGGUAGGUCCUAUAGAUGCAAAUUCUGCAAAACUCACUUGGCCCUUGCUGAUGAUCUCAUCUCUAGGUCGUUUCAUUGCCGGAGGGGAAAAGCAUACCUAUUCACUAAUGCUGUGAACACCACAAUUGGAACACCAGAAGAAAGGGUGAUGCUUUCAGGAUUGCAUACUGUGGCCGAUAUCUUUUGCUGUUGCUGUGGUCAAAUAGUUGGCUGGAAAUAUGAAUCUGCACAUGAGAAGAGUCAGAAGUAUAAGGAAGGGAAGUUUGUUCUUGAAAGAGGAAGGAUUGUUGAUGAUGUUGAUUUCUCAACUGAAUUCUUUAUUGAUAGUCAUGCCAACAUGAGUGAUGGCGAAGAUGCUUAGCAUCUUGAAAACUUAUAGUGGAUGUGGAUGGACUUGUUGGAUCAUGAGAAAGGAUAUUUCACUGCUUCUGUAUAUGAAUAGCAAUAAUAAUGGCGACCCGAGAAAAUGUCCUUUAGAAAGAACUUGUUUAGAAUGCUUUUGUUUAUAUGACAGAAGCGAAAACUCAGUGGUGUGUAAAUUAUACAAAAUCUCUUUAGAAAGAAAGAACUUGUUUAGAAUGAGAUUCAUAUUUCAAUGCUCCAAGAAACACUAAUAAACUAUCCACCUUUGCUUCCAAAA